AUGGAUGAGUCAUCUGAUUCAAAUGUUGUUGGCUCUAGCACAUGUAAGGAAAAACUUUCAAAGAAGGUGAAGGCAAAGGAAGGUGCUGAAAGCAUAAUGAACAAGCUACCUGAACAACUUAUAAGUCAUAUACUCUCUCUUCUCCCAGCUAAAGAUGCUGUUCGUACAAGUGUUUUGUCCAAGAAAUGGGCAUAUCACUGGACAUCCAUCACCAAGUUGGACUUAGAUGAUAGUGUGGUCUAUUAUCCAAAGAGAAAGACAGGUGGAAAACAGUACUUUAUGAACUUUGUGUAUAGGGCACUUCUUCUUACUAAAAAUCCUAGUAUUGAAAGUUUCUCUCUUGUGAUGACUAACAAGUAUGAUGUAUACAUGUUCAAUACGUGGAUAUCUGGUAUCUUGAACCGAAAUGUGAAGAAUCUUCAUAUAUGUUCACAUUUUGAGGUCCCUUUCAAUGCUCAUACAUCCGAUUCCCUUUUUGACUCGGAGGUAUUAGAAGAACUGGUGCUGAAGAUGAUUUGCACUAUACCAGUUGUCAAAACCUUUCUUCAUUUUGGUCACCUAAAAUGCCUGAGGUUGUGUUCAGUUGUAUUUGAUCUUGAAUCAAGCAGCUCAGAAGAUCUGACUCUUAGCUUACCAGUCCUCGAGGUGUUUGAGACAAAAAAUUGCACUUGGUUUAAUGCUGAGAGUGUCACUUUAAGAGUGCCUCUACUUGAAAGUGUCCUUAUAGAACAUGACCCCGCUGCAGUAUUUUAUGAGCUGGAUUCCUUGCCAAUCAAGAUUUCUGCUUCGCGUCUGACAAAAUUUACAUUUUGCAGUUAUUGUUAUAUGGCACAACAUGUUCUUCUGUUAGAUCCAUCAUCAGCUCAUAAUGCUUCUGCUGAUAUAACUAUCCGAUGUGAUGAGGACAGUGACAGUGUAUCAGAAACAGGAUCUUAUGCUUCUCUGCUUCUCAGGCAAUUCAGUGAAGUGAAGUAUCUUAAAUUUGAUGGGGCGGAGGUUCUGCCACUAUCAGAAUCAAAUGUAGCUACUCUACCUGUAUUUGGAAGGUUGAGCCAUUUGGAACUUGGCUUAGUUACUGCUGAGUUUUUAUUAGCCUUACUUCUGAGGUCACCAGUUCUCAGAACUCUAGCUUUCAAGGGAAUAUUUCAAUUUGACAAAGAGCUUUUUAAUUCUGCUACUGUUCCCCAUUGUUUGACAUCUACACUCCAGCUUGUGAAUUUUGGAAAACUGCAUGGAUUGGACCAUGAGCUGAGUCUAGCUAAAUUUGUGAUGGAAAACGGUGUAGUGAUGGAGAGGAUGAGUUUCUCUCUCGCUAAUCAUGGCUUGGCCAAAUCGAAGAUUAUUAAAGAAUUUAAACAGAAGCUGUUCUCAUUUAAGAAAGGCUUCUCUUUUGCUAUUGUUGAAUUUUCUUGUGAAUAG